GAGAGAGGCGCCGUUGAGGAGGGCGGUGCGCCCGCGCGUUUUGGUUUUCCCACAUUCGGGGGUUUGGUUAUAAACGUCGAGUAGCUACGGAGAGUUCCGAGUACGACGGGGGUGUUUUAGGGGUGCCUCUGAGGGCGCUGCGAGGGGCUACAGGGUUGUUCCUCCAGUGUGCAGCGGGCGGGCAUCGCGGCGGUCGCGCCGUUCUGCUGCCUCCUGCUAUUUAAACUAUAACAUAGAGGAAGACGCACACAUGAAACGUUCGGUACCUCCAACGAACCACCGUAAAAAAAGAGAACGUUAAAAAGCAGAUUAUUCAUCGCAGAUAAAUGACCAGCGUAGAACAUCGAAUCGGAUAUUACAUGCGGUAGUUUUCGUCGGUGAUGAUAGAAAGGAGAGAAAAAUAAAACAAAUAAAUAAAUAAACGGAAAAACCGAUCGUCUGAAUAUAGCUACAACGAUUUGUAACGACCAUCGCAUUCGUAAUCAUCGUCAUCUUCGUUGCCGUUGUCACGAAAUAGUUGAUAGAAGAGGAAAUAAAAAGUCAUUCCAUAUAAAAACUAUUAAGCGACUGAGCGAAUGAUAUACGAUCGGCGGAGGCAAAUACUGUCCGCAAAAUCAAUUUCGCAGAAACUUGUUAUAUACUUCUUAAGGGUGGUCGUUUGAAGGAAAAAAAAAAAAUAUUUAGUGCGAGGAGGUAAGGGUGGUAAAAAAAAAAAAACGAAAGAAACCAGUGCGUGAUAAAAGAAUUAUAAAACGAACGAAUCAAAAAAAAAACAACAAAAAAGGAAAAAGGAACGAGGUGCCUGUUCUGGGUUGGAGAGAGUACGGGGGAGGGGGUGGGUUGUCGUGUGUGUGUGUGUGCGAGUGUGCGUGUGCGUGUGCGUUUGCAUGUGUGGGGCUGCAGGUUGAAAACUAUAUAAAAAGGGGGUUGAGGAGGAGCACCGGGAAAGAUCGACGACGGUUCACGAUAUAGGGGGAUGCAAUAAGAGAUUAGGUUUUAAAAUGUUGAAGAUGAUUCGGCGAGUGACGAGGAUUACCGGGACAUGACGAUCAGGCCCUGAGGGUUGGCCCCCGUUUUCGACUAUGGCGACGGCGAAGGGAUAUUAUUCAAAAAACGGGUCGAAAUGGCUGUGGGUGUCGAACGUAAUGGUAGUCGUGCUACUGUUCGCGUUAAUGGGAGGGUCGGACGGCCACCGUCCGGCACCCAGCAAUCCCGUCCAUCUCCAGAACACGCCGUCGACGACGUUGUCAACUGGAAUACAACAGGGUGGGGGAAGUGGAGGAAACGCCGCCGGUGGAUCGGGUGGAAUUUCGGGGUUGAACGACACCGUGCUCCACCAUCAUCAUCAUUCGAAAGUUGCCGGCGGUAACGAGACCAUUAUGGAAGAAAAGGCACCGCUAUUCCCGACAGACAUAUUCAGCCUCGAGGAGAGGCGGCGCGGAGCCGUUAUCCUUCACAUACUUGGGGUGGUUUACAUGUUCGUAGCAUUGGCGAUAGUAUGCGACGAGUUUUUCGUACCAUCGUUGGACGUUAUUAUAGAAAAACUUGAAAUAGCCGACGACGUUGCCGGGGCAACGUUCAUGGCUGCCGGUGGAUCGGCACCCGAAUUGUUCACAUCGAUUAUAGGGGUGUUCGUGUCGUUCGACGACGUCGGUAUCGGCACUAUCGUAGGUUCGGCCGUUUUUAACAUAUUGUUCGUUAUCGGUAUGUGCGCUCUAUUCUCAAGAACUGUACUCACCCUCACGUGGUGGCCGCUAUUCCGGGACUGCACGUUUUACAGUGCGAGUCUCAUCACCCUGAUUUACUUCUUUCGCGACAACUACAUUCACUGGUGGGAGGCACUGGUACUGUUCGGUUUCUACUUAGCCUACGUCAGCUUCAUGAAGUGGAAUCAACCCAUGGAGAAAUUAGUGAAGAGGAUACUUUACAGGAACAAGGUCACCAGGGUCAGGUCUACGGAUCAGCUCAUGCCCUUGCACCAGACCGCCGCCCAGGCAUUGCAGCAUCCCAACGCGACGAACAGCAGCGAGACGAGCGUCGGCGGUGUUUCGGGUGCGUGCGGAAGCAGCGGAGUACCGGUUGGCGUCGGGGAAGCCGCCGGUGGUACGAACAGCAGGGGCGGCAGCAGCAGCGGUCAAGGUGCCGACGGAGGUACGACGGGGACGCAUCACGGUACGGGCGGUGGUUCGCAAACGUCUUCCAAUACCGGAGGAUACACGACACGCGAAAGCCACGCUAAAUUUCGUCACGGUUUGCUACAGCUGAUGAUCCACACGAUCGAUCCACUCCACGACGGUCAGUCCCGCACCGGUAAGGUCGACGAAAAAGCAACGCAAUUGCACGCGAUAGCGUCGCUGAAAGUUCUAUUGGACGCGACUAGACCUCAAAAUGGCGCGGCUACGUCAACGGCUGCUCAUUAUUCCGGCUCAAGUGCAUCCAAGGAAACUACAUUACAGCUUCAACAGGGAUCACAGGGGACUACGACGACCACGAUGACAACGACAACUACCGCCGGGACCACAACCGGGAUCCAAGAACUUCCGAACGGGGGUAUUUCCGCGUCAGGACUCGACGCCGGACUCGAGUCGGGUGACGAGGACGAGCCACCGGAAGCUCUGGACAUGGGAUGGCCGAGCAAUAACCGGAAAAGGCUAACUUACAUCCUGGUUGCGCCUAUACUGUUUCCGUUGUGGUUGACACUGCCGGACACCCGCACACCCAGAGGUAAGAAGUUCUUCGCGGUGACCUUCAUCGGUUCAAUAUUCUGGAUCGCCGCGUACUCUUACCUGAUGGUAUGGUGGGCGAACGUAGCGGGUGACACGGUACGAAUACCACCGGAAGUUAUGGGUUUAACAUUCCUGGCCGCUGGUACCAGCAUUCCCGAUCUCAUAACCAGCGUCAUAGUUGCCAGAAAGGGAUUCGGGGAUAUGGCCGUAUCCAGUUCCGUUGGCAGCAAUAUUUUCGACGUCACUGUCGGACUUCCGGUGCCGUGGCUGCUGUACGGUUUGAUAUACGGUAAACCGGUCGAGGUGAAUUCAGUCGGCAUGGUGUGCAGCAUAGCGAUCCUAUUCUGCAUGCUCUUAUUCGUUAUAAUGAGCAUCGCCUGUUUCCGUUGGAAAAUGAACAAAGGUCUCGGUUUCACGAUGUUCCUCUUGUACUUCGUGUUCGUCGCCGUAUCACUGAUGUUCGAAUACGAGAUACUCGUCUGUCCCGCAUAAAAAAAAAUUUUCAUACAACACAACCACGAGAAGAUGACGAACAAUCGACUUGGCAAAAGUUGACGAUAGGAGAACGUCGAUCUAGCUCAAGGAUAUGGAGUAUCCGCAGGAUAUCAACCUACCGGAUCGACCUUAUGUUAUUACAUUAUAUAUCAUUAUACGCUGCAUAUGUUCGAAAAAAAGCGUAUGUAAAUAUUGUAAAAACCAGAACAAAGAAAAAAAAAAAAAAAAACAGAACAAAACAAAACAAAACAAACAAUCCAAACACGUAUAAUUAUUAAAAAUUUUGAGAUUAGGUUGAAUGCCCUCACGUCCGUACACACCUAUUUCAACUAGAAUUUAAAAUCCGUGGACAGAUGUAUGGAUGCGAGCCACAGGAGAGAGCGAGAAAGAAGAGAAUGGAGACUGAAAUAUGGAAAAUGAAGAGAGAGAGAGAGAGAGAGAGGGAGAGAGAGAGAGAAAAGGGUGAGCGAGAAAUGGAGAGAAAAGUGGCGCUCCGAACCACCCUUGUGCAGGUAUCGAUUUGGCGCGGCUCGGUUCUCUGUGGCCGUUGGGUGGUUCGAUCGCAAGGAGUUCCCUCAACCGAGAUAGAGGGAAAGAGGGAGAGAGAGAGAGAGAGAGAGAGAGGGAAGAGAAAGAAAGGAAACAAGAGCAGAGACGGAGAGAGAGGGUGAGAAAGAAGGAUAGGGUGUAAUGGCGAACUGCGGGGCGCAACCGCAAGUUUAACCUUGAAUCGUAACAGACCCCGUGCACGUUGCGACGGUAGGCACCCUUCCCCCUACUCCUAUUCAGAAAGACUAAUUAUAGAUAUAUCUUUUAUCGAAACACAAUUAACGUUGUAAUUGAUUCAUUAUUUAUAUAACAUUCGGUUAAUUCAAAUUUCAUUAUGCAAUUCCUCUCCGGCGUCCAACCGUGUUUCUUUUUUCUUUGAAAAUUCUCUCUCCAAUCUUUAUCCCUGUAAGGGUUGUACGGAAUUAAGAAAAGAAAAUAAAAAACAAAUGAGAACAAACUGAUAAACCAAAACAUAAAUAUAGUACAAAUUAGUACUAUAUGUAGAAUAUGUAUAAAGUACCAUUUGAUGUUAUUGAUUUUCUUGUAAUUAUUGAUAAUUGAAAAACGGAAGAGGAGAAAACAAAAAUCCAAAAAAACAAUAUCAUGUGAUAAUUCGUUUUAUCCUAUUCUACGUUGUUGUUGUUCUUGCUUCUUGUUAUUACGAUUAUCAUUGUAAUUUUUCUUUCGCAUUGUUUUGAAAAAGAAUUGGCUCAAAAUUGAGAAGCAUGAAAAAAAUAUUGUAUAUUUAUUAUCAAAAUUACGUCCAAACUGAGGAGGUUGGCGCUCCGCAGAGAAUUGAAUGAUUGAUGAAAUCGAAGGGUAAAAGAACAGAUGAAUAAAAUAAUUUAGAAGGUCGGAAAAUAAAGUAAACCACAACGAUAAAAUCAAUUUUUCGGAAGAAAUAUAGUCCGACUCGUUCAGGUUUCAUACACUCAUUUGCAAUACCUACUCAUUAUAACGGUCAAAAUGAUGUCCCAAAAACAUCAACUGAAGGUCAUCAAUAUUGAAAAACCUGAUUGCGAAAAUGCAGAGUGAUAAAUAGAUAAAUAAAUGAAUGAAUGGAUAAAUAAAUUAAUGAAUUUAUAAACAAAUAUAUAAGUUAUUAAAUGAAUAAAUGAACGAAUAAUAUGAUAUCCACGGAAUAUUCUGCGACCGAUAAUAAAUAAUAAUUAUACACUCGUAAAAUUUGAGGCUAGGUGAAAAAAUUAUUGAAUCGUUGCAUACAGUUAUAUGCCAAUUGCAAAUUAUAUCUAUAACCACGUAAUACAUGAUAUUGUUGAUAAAAGUAAUCAUAUUAAUAAUUAUAAUAUUAUAUCUGUACGAUGUUCAACGCAGAUUUAUUAUUUAUAAUCAAUAGUUAACGAUGACCUGAAAAGUUUAGCGAGCGGAUAAUUAAUUGUACAAAAAAACGAUGAACGGAAAAUAAUCAAUAAAAAUCACUGCACAAAACAUAAAAAAAAAAUCAGACUAACACGAGAGAAUAAUAAAAAAAAAUCCAAUUAACGAGUGACAAUGAAAACAUGUUACAUUAAUGAUAAUCACCGUCGCACACGCGUUACGUGGUUGUAACGAGAAUAUUGAUAACAAUAACGAUAACAACAACAAGAAUAAUCAUAAUAAUAAUAAUAAAAUUAAUAAUAAUAAAAUUGAUAGAAAGCCCAAAAAACGAAACGAAAAAUAAAAGCAUACACCUACACGAAUGACUUAUGGGUUCAAUACACAUAUAUAAUUAUUGAUACAUUGUUAGGUAGUGUAUAAUUAAUACGCGUUACAAAAAAAAAUUAUUAAUAACAAAAAAUGAACGGAAAAGAAUCUAUUGAAUAAUCGUUUUAUCGAUCGUUGUUAUAAAUAUAACGAAAUUGAAGAAAAAAAACUGAAAAAAAAACAAAUUACAAAAACAAAAUUGAAUAACAAUUAUUAGAGUGUAGAAAUUUUUAUUACAAAGAAUAACAAUACGCAUUAAUAUUAAACGUAAGAUAAUGUAAGAUACGAAAGAAAAGAGGAGAAAAAAAAUCAAGCAAAAAAUUUAUAACUAUUCGAUAUAUGUAUAUACAUAUGUACUAUAUCAAUCGAAGUGCUGUGUAUAUUGUUAAUUUUGAAUAUUAUUUAUUUAACAUGAGGAUAAUAAUGAUAAUAAUAAAAUCAAUAAUAUUGGUAAUAACAACAACAACAACAACAACAAUAAAAAAACCGCAUGAAUGAAUCACAAUAAUUCUAGACGAAUAAUAUUCUACUAUUGUAUAAGAUUGUUACUAUCGAUUAUACGAAUAUCGAUCAAAUAAUAACGUAGAUACGUUAAUGAUAAUGAUGAUGAUAAUAAUAUAAGAACAAUGAUCGAAAAGAUAAAUAGUUGAUAUAAUUAUUCGUAGUGAAAUAAAGUAAAAACCUAUAUGCCUAGACGCGGCCUAGCUUUCUUUCUUAAACAAAUUAUAUACAUACAUACUUACAUACAUAUAUACAUGUACAAAAAUAUUUACAUGUAUAGAAAAAAGAGAAAACAAUGCAAAAAAAACUAAAAAAAAAAAAAAAAAACUAAAAAAAGACAGAAAAAAGAAUAAAUAAAUGAAUUGAUUGAUUGAAAAAAAAAAAAAAAUCAUUAAGAGUAAGCGAAUACGACCAUAAUUAAAUAUACUAUAUCAUUAUAUGAACGCGUAUACCUACUAUUGAAAAAUUGAAUGGAAAAAAUUAGAAGGAAGAAAACGUAUGGCGCAGAUGAAAAUGAUAUAGCUACCGUAGCGAAUGAAAGUAUAACA